AUGUCUGUACCAGCCAGACCUUCCAAUCCUGCUUACUCACAGAGUAUACACUAUCGCAACCCAGUAGGGUCUGCAUCAGGAUUUCACGAAGCCUAUAUUGCUGCACCUUUAGUUGGCGGAUUUCAUCCUGGCUUGAUAUCUCGUCCACACCACUACUCGGACGCCAGUAACUAUCCUCUUGUCAACAAUGACACACAGGAUACAGCAACAGCAGCAGCAGCAGCAAACACAGCCCGUCGUCGAGCUACACGACAAUUGAAACUUACAAAAGGCAAUCUUAUUAUAAAUUGCCCGGUUCCUGACCGACUCUUACUGUCUGUUCCUCGAAAGGACGAAGAAUUCAGGACGAUGCGAUACACAGCUGCAACCUGCGAUCCUGAUGACUUUCAGAAACAGGGCUACACUUUACGCCAGCAGCAAUAUCAACGUGAAACAGAACUUUUUAUUGUAAUCACUAUGUACAAUGAAGACGAAAUAUUAUUUACUCGUACAAUGCACGGUGUGAUGAAGAAUAUUUCGUAUCUCUGCAGUCUUCCGAAUUCUCCUGUUUGGGGACCUGAUGGGUGGCAAAAGGUGGUUGUUUGCAUUGUUGCAGAUGGGCGUGAGAUUAUCAACAAACGUGUUCUGCAUGUCUUGGCAUCCAUGGGAAUUUAUCAGGCAGGCAUAGCAAAAAACAUGGUGGAAGACAAACCAGUGACAGCACAUAUUUAUGAAUUUACUACACAAAUAUCAAUAGACUCUGACAUGAAGCUUAGAGGAGCAGACAAGGGGAUUGUUCCUGUACAAAUCCUGUUUUGCUUAAAAGAAAAAAACGCAAAGAAAAUCAACUCCCAUCGCUGGUUUUUCAAUGCAUUUGGGCCCCUACUGCUACCCAAGAUAUGUAUAUUACUUGAUGUGGGCACACGGCCCGGAAAUGUGAGCAUCUACAAACUCUGGAGAACCUUUGAACGAAAUCGAAAUAUUGGUGGUGCAUGUGGAGAAAUCAGGGCCAUGCUUGGGGUAGGGUUUAAGCAGCUUCUGAAUCCACUGGUGGCUGCACAGAAUUUUGAAUACAAGAUGUCAAACAUCCUCGACAAACCCCUCGAGAGUGUCUUUGGCUAUAUUUCUGUUUUGCCAGGCGCCUUUUCGGCCUAUCGUUACCAGGCCCUUCAGAACGACAUCAAUGGCCACGGUCCACUCGAAAAAUACUUUCAUGGCGAAGAUUUACAUAGUAGUGCAAAGCAGCCCAAGCUUUUUGAGGCAAACAUGUAUCUGGCUGAAGAUCGCAUAUUGUGUUUUGAGCUGGUAGCCAAGCGAGGCGAACGGUGGCUUCUCGAAUACUGUCAGAGUGCCUUUGCAGAAACUGAUGUUCCUGAACAGCUACCUGAAUUUAUUUCUCAGCGGAGACGUUGGCUCAAUGGCAGUUUCUUUGCCGGUGUUUAUGGAAUUUGGCAUUUCCCGUCGAUCUUGAAAAGUAACCACUCCUUAUUCCGUAUGGGACUGCUUUGCAUCGAGAGUGUGUACAGUUUUAUCAGUCUUUUGUUUGGCUGGCUCUCAUUAGGAAAUUUUUAUAUUACUUUUUACUUUAUCACCAAGAGUCUCGAGGAUCCUACAGUCGAUCCAUUUGGUAAUGGGCGGGGUACACACAUAUCAAGUGUGAUUAGAUAUGGAUACCAGUUUCUUCUUAUUAUUGUAUUUAUUUGUUCGAUUGGUAACCGACCCCAAGGGUCAAGAAUCUUAUUUAUACUGUGCCUCGUAGGGUUUGCAGUAAUUAUGUGUUACAUGCUGUUUGCCGCGGCUUGGCUGGUCUACAAGGCUAUUUCAUAUUCUGGAAUUGAGUGGACACCCAAUGCUGGAACAAAUCUUGCCCUAUUACUGGCUAAUCAGGGUCUUCGUAACAUGCUUUUGUCUUUGAUGGCUACGUAUGGACUAUAUUUUAUAUCCAGCAUUCUAUAUGGUCAACCGUGGCAUAUGUUGACUAGCUUCUUACCGUACCUUUUACUUUUACCAUGUUAUGUCAACAUAUUGUCUAUAUAUGCGUUUUGCAACACACAUGAUGUGAGCUGGGGGACCAAAGGUGAUAAUGGAAUUGCAAAGGACUUGGGGGUUGUCAAGGUAUCCAACGACAGCCAGGGAGUAGAGACUGUUGAAAUUGAAUUACCGGCAGACCAACUCGACAUCAAUCUUGAAUACGAAGAAGCUUUACUUGCCUUUGAGAACAAGCCAAUCAAUCCCAAGAGCUCUUUUCACCAAACCCAAGAUGAUUACUACCGCUCUUUCCGAACCCAUUUGGUCUUGAUUUGGAUUGCCUGCAAUGCCCUUUUAAGCGUGUGUAUCACCUCUACCAAAUUCGACACAAUUUAUCAAGAGUCUAUCGGGACCACUUACAUGUCAGUCAUUCUAUGGGUGAAUACUGGUCUAGCAGCGUUUCGUUUCUUAGGCUCUUUUACCUACCUAAUACUUCGUUUAUUUUCAUCUGUAUAA